AGGGCCCAAUGAUCCUGGGAGCUCUGCUGUCUGGGGCUUCAUGCCCCUGGUGGGGUCACUAAGGCAGACAGGUCCAGGUGAGGGACCAGACAAAGUGCAGCCCGAAGACCCUAUGAUGGACAACAACAUUGGACUUGGUGUUCCCUCGCCCGGACGUGGGUCACCGGGGCCCCACUCUGGAGCCAGGCCUGGAGGGGGGGCACAAUGGCGAGCGUCUGGUGGCCGGGCUUUAACCCAUGGAGCCGGGUUCAGCCUGAAGAGGAAACAUGGGCCCCCCCCUCCCAUGGGCCCACCACCCAUAGGAGGGGCCAAAGGGGUCGGGUGCAAUGUGUGAUUGGUGGCAGCCGAGGGAGGGGGCCCUGGUGGUCUGAUCAUCUGUUGCAGAAGCUCUUGGGACGUGGAAUAUCACGUCUGAUCAUUUAUUUGUUAAUUUAUCUGCUGCUGUCACAAAACUCUCUUUCACAGAAGUUCUGCUCUUCCUCCUCACCGUCCAGCUGUAACCAUGGAGAUGAGCAUGUGAAGCCACUCUAUGCUUCACAUGUUAUUGAUCCCAUUAAAGGUGGCGUCUGGUUGUAGGAAAUCCCAGUGGAGAAAUGAGGAUUCCUGGAGCAGACUGAGAUUCAGAACCAGAGCGCUGCAGCUGGAGUUCUGAUUAGAACUAAAAGCAUAGAGACAUCAUCCGGUUCUACAUCAUCUGGCUCUAAACCACCCGGUUCUGCUGCUAGUUUAUAAAUCACUGGACGGAUUAAAGAUCUGCUGCUGGAUCAACCUGCUGGUUCUGGUUCUGAUUCUGCUCUGCAUCAGAAGCAGAACCAAACAUGGGGAAGCAGCAUUCAGCUUCUAUGCACCACAAAUCUGGAACAAACUUCCAGAAAACUGAAAAACAGCCAAAACCCUGAUCUCCUUUAAUCCAUAAAUGAAUCAUUCAUAAGCAUUUUGAUAUUUUUGUUGAUUUGUUUUCUAGAUUCAUGUUGUAAAAACUUUCUGCUGAAAUGUUUGAAUAAAUCUGAUCCUGACAGGGAAGAUGAUUCAUGAAGAUGAAGAGGAGGAUGAUGAUCCCCUGCACCCCCCUCCCUGCUCCUCUGUUGCCAUGGAGACGGCGAUGUCGGGCAGGAGGCCGGACCUGGUGUGCAUCGUGUGUUUCGGCAGCUACGACUUGCUGACGCGGUUGCCACGGCGACUCCACUGUGGCCACGCCUUCUGCCAGGCGUGUCUGAAGAGACUCGACACGGUGAUCAACGAGCAGGCGUGGAUCCCGUGUCCUCAGUGUCGGCAGAACACGCCACGGCCGCGCGGCGGUGCCGCCGGUCUGGACCUGGACCUGGCGUCCUUCCUGGCGGUGAAGGCCCAGCAGACCUUCGUCUCCUGCUCCUCUUCCUCCCGAAACUCCGCUCCCGGGGGCGGGGCUUCAUCGGGCGACGGGAAGCUUUGGCUGGGGAAGGAGGUUACCGACGACGGCUGGCGGCACGGCGGCCUGGCGGAGCCGCGCUUCCAUCGCUACGGCGACUGUUGCCCAGCGCCGUCCUGCUGGCGCUGCUGCUGGUUCUGCUGCCCCGGAUGAGGCUAACAGACCGGACCGGAACCGACCCGGCCCUGGAAGAGGUCCAAUUCUGAUGUGCAUUCUUGAUUUCCUGGUUCCGGAUUAGUUCUGAGUCAGAACCGGGUCGGGUCCGGGUCACUGUGAACAAUAAUCAGAGCUUUGAAAUGUUUCAUGUUCAGAAACAUCAAAUAAAAGCUUUAAAGUUUUGGGUCUUUGAUCUCACUGAUCUCACCUGCAGGUUGUUUCAUAAAUCCUUUGUUACCAUGGAGACACAAAAAAGCAGAUCUGAUCAAAACUGGAUUCACUCUGAGGUCCAGUUGAUCAGUCAGAACAUCCUGGUGCUCCAUCACU